AUUGUACAGACUAAAUAAAAUGAUCUGAAGUUUGUUUUUUCUUUCGCGCUUUGUGGUUGUCUUCUUUAAACUGGGAACCGUUAGAAGAAUGAAGACGCCAAUAUAUUUCGUAUUUAUGUUUCGAUUGAUAAUUGGCUUUGUGUGCGCGGCGAAAAGUGAUCAUUAUAUAUUAGACGAACGCCUCAACAGAAGUUUGCAAAAAAACAUUGCUUCUCCACAAGAUUUUGGAAUUCGAGUUACAUUUGCUACGAGUAUUUGUACCAGACAUAGCGGAGAUGUAUUCAGCAGUUAAGCCGCUUUCGAAAUAUUUACAAUUUAAAUCCAUUAAAAUAUAUGACACAGCCUUCACUUUACAUUCCAAAUGCACAGUUGUCAUAUUGUUGACAUGUUCGUUUCUAUUAUCUGCAAAGCAGUAUUUUGGAGAACCAAUACAGUGUAUAUCAGACGAAAAAAACAUAGAAUUCGUAAAUUCCUUUUGCUGGACGAUGGGAACUUAUAUAGUACAAUACAAUGUACAAUUACAGCAAUCAUUAAAUGUAACAUUAAAAAAAAGAAAAGCAGACAUGUACGCUCGCAUGUUUGCAAUUUCCGAGGGGGUGGGACCUGAAGAUCACUCCACUGAACGUGUUUAUUUACGUUAUUAUCAGUGGGUAAUAAUGAUGUUACUUGUUGAAGCCCUUUUUUUUUAUAUGCCAUCAUUUCUUUGGAAAGUGUGGGAAGGACAGAGACUCAAACAACUUUGUUCGGAUGUUGUAUCCACAGUUGUGCCGGAAGAAACGUACGAAAAACGUUUAGAAAUGCUUUUUAAAUAUUUCACAACAGACUACAAGGAUAUACAUUUCUGUUAUAGUGCUAAAUACAUACUUUGCGAAUUAUUAAAUUUAAUUAUAAGCGUAAUCAAUAUUUUGAUGUUAGACGUUUUUCUCAACGGCUUCUGGGGAAAAUACGUAGAUGCCGUAAUGGCUAUUGAGAAAUAUGAUUGGGACACGUGGAACCGUUUGUCGUCACUUGUAUUCCCUAAAAUAGCAAAAUGCGAAAUGAUGAAAUAUGGAUCCUCUGGCACACCCAUCAUCUACGACAAUCUGUGUAUAUUACCACUGAAUAUACUUAAUGAGAAAAUAUUCGCAUUUCUUUGGUGUUGGUUUAUUUUAAUGAGCGUAGUGGCAUUUUUUAAUUUAAUGUUGCGUUUUUUAAUGAUACUCUGUAAGUGUUUUCGUUUAAAAUUGAUACGUGCGCGUGCGCGAAAUAUGCCUUCUUUAAAUGUGCGGCAAGCAAUUCACAAUUUUAGUUUUGGAGAUUGGUUUGUGUUAUUCAAAGUUGGUUCCAACAUCAAUCCUAUAUUAUUUCGAGACUUAAUACAAGCAUUAUAUGAAGCAAGAAAAAAAAAAAAGACUGAUGGUGCUAUUUGAGUCCACACCGAAUGUUCCUUGAAGGACAAAAUUUGACAACAACUUAUAUUUACAUGUAUAUAUUUAU